AUGACUGGGGCUACACGACCUCGUGUGCUUUUAUUUGACGUUGGCGGAGUUUGUGUUGUUUCUCCAUUUCAAGCGAUCCUAGAUUAUGAGAUAGCUAAUGGAAUCCCUCCGGGCUGGAUAAAUUUCAGUAUCUCACGAUCAUCACCCAAUGGCAGUUGGCACCAGUUAGAGCGCGGUGAGAUAUCACUAGACGCAGACUUCUUCAAAGGCUUCAACAGAGACCUCCAACAACCUGCAUUAUGGAAAGAAUUUAAUCAUCGACUACGAACGCAAAAAGGAAAUUCUUCCAAUGUGCUCGAAUCUCUUCCACCACCUCCCAAAAUUGACGCGGAAUAUUUGUUCUGGGAGAUGAUGCGCGUAUCUCGCAAUCCAGACCCGUUUAUGUUUCCUGCCUUAAGACGACUGAAGGCGUCUGGGCAAUAUCUGAUGGGCGCGUUAUCUAAUACGGUCAUAUUUCCGGCUGGCCAUCCCUUCCGGGAGGAUACAAUAGGACUUCGAGAGCAAUUCGAUUUUUUCAUUUCUUCAGCGCAUACUGGCCUCCGCAAGCCAGACCCAAAGAUAUACGCGUUUGCCCUGGAGAAAGCAAAUGAAUUAUUAGCUGGGAGAGAAGACGUCCGACUCAAUGCUUCUGAUGUUAUCUUCCUCGAUGAUAUCGGUGAAAAUCUAAAGGCAGCCAAAAAGGCUGGUUUUGGCACCAUCAAAGUUGUGCUGGGCAGAACGCAGGAUGCUGUUAAAGAACUGGAAAACAUCACCGGUCUUCAGCUGCUGGAAGAUGCUGACAGGCCAAAGCUUUGA